AUGUCACAGCCAUUUCGUAUCUUUGGGCUAAUGAUGAUAGUCUACCCAGAAUCUCAAGACUUGCAAGAUAAUGAUGACAAUGAUGGUGAUGAUGAUGACAGUGAAGAAUCAGAGAACUCCUGCCACUCUGAGCUUCCUUCACCCUUGUGCAAGAGCAGUGACAGCAUAGAUGACAAUCAGACAGAGGAUCUGGGAGAGCCCACCCCAUUUUCCCUAAUGACUGGGCACUCUUACAUGGUAAAAGAUAAACAAGUGAGGUUGGCCAAACAUGCGCUGGAGCUUGAGGAGGAAGAUCAGGAAUCUCAGACACCAUUUUACAAAGACAACUCGGCUGGAUAUGAGGAGUCCAGCCCGACCUAUCGCUUUCCCUGGCACCAGAGGUUGCCUGCUCUCCAAAAGGCUGGUACAGCACCAAGUGGCUUCCACAACUCUUUCCAGAGCAGCUCAGGCCAGCACUUGGGGACAGAGGCUGCUACCACACAGGCCGGUGCCAGUGCCCAUUAUGUGGGACACUCAGAGAGCACCACAGGAGCAGAGCCCCAUGUGCUGCACGAGGAGGACAGAGAGGACAGGGAGGACAGGGAGGACAGGGAGUCCCAGUCCGUGCAGCCAGCCUAUGACUUGCUCUGGCAGGAGAACAGCCGCCUCAGGUCGGAGAACAAAAUGCUCAGGAACGUGAACCUCGUGCUCAAGUCAGAGAACUUGGCGCUCAGGCAGCUGUUCCAAGAGCUCAAGAAGGGUAGCCGUGUGUUCAGGGAGAAGGAUGUCAUACUCAGGCAGGAAUACAACAUGCUCAGGGAACAGUAUGACAGGCUCAAGGGUGAGAAUGCUGCACUCAGGAAGGACAAUGCCAUGGUCAGGAAAAUGCUUAACAACUUCCAGAACAACUUGAACAGACAUCUGUGCAUGAUGGCGACCCUGCAGGAUCAGCUGAAGACCAGCCAGGCUGAACGAGAGAAGGAAGCCCGAAAGGCCCAGGCCUUAGUCCAGCAGACUGAGUGUCGUCUUCAGCUAAUGAACCAGAGGGCUCUGGAUGCCGAAGCGAAUGUGGAGAGGCUGAAGCAGAAGAUCUUCAUUCUCCAAGGACAGCUGGAGAGAUGCAGGCCAGAGAAUGAAAACCUGAGAACAGACUGGCCUGGAAGCAGUGAAGCACAAUUUAGGCUUCACCAGUCAAAACCCCCACCAGCUCAUACUGGGCAAAGAUGGCUCCCUCAGGCAGCUUCUGCCUCAGGAAUGCUGCCUGUUGUUGCUGAGGUCCUUGAAUCUACGAGAAAAAUUCUCAAAUUUUAA